AUGGCUAAUGUUAUUCCUUUAUCCAAAACUACAGUCGAUCGUCAAUUGAAAAUAAAUUACAGACCCAUAUCUUUAUUAGCGUCGUUAUCAAAAGUAAUUGAGAAAGUUGUUUUCAUGAGAUUUUAUAAUUUUUUACUUGACAUAGGUUUUUUAAAUCCUAUGCAGUCAGGUUAUCGCCCAGGUGAAUCUACAGUUAAUCAAAUUUUAUAUUUAACGCAUAAGAUAUACGAGGCUUUCGAACUAGGCAAGGAAGUAAGAGUGGUGUUUCUCGACAUCAGCAAAGCCUUUGAUAGAGUCUGGCAUAAAGGACUGUUAUACAAGCUUAAGUUAAUCGGU